ACAAGCUUCUGUUCCACUCGACUUCAAAUGUGUGUCACGUCGUGUUUUAACUGUGUGUUUGUCGCAAUGCAAAGGUUUUGAUUUUAGUCGCAGAUUGGAUUGAUUGAUCAAAGACAAAGCGGCGGAUAUUAUAGAUUUGAACAUGCAGGACCCAAACGCAGAUACGGAGUGGAAUGACAUCCUGAGGAGGAAAGCCAUUCUUCCCCCGAAAGAAGCUCCGCAGGAGGAUGAAGAGGAGGAGCAGCUUCAUCAACAGCUGUCUGUGGUGAAAACAUAUGAGAGUAUGACACUAGAGGAGCUGGAGGAGAAUGAAGAUGAGUUUAAUGAUGAGGAUGAGCUCGCAAUGGAGAUGUACAGACAGAAGCGGCUUGCAGAAUGGAAAGCCAAUCAAAUAAAGAACGUGUUUGGGGAAGUGACUGAAAUAUCCGCUCAGGAUUAUAUCCAGGAAGUGAAUCAAGCUGGAGGCGGGAUUUGGGUGGUGCUGCACCUCUACAAACAGGGCAUCCCGCUGUGCACGCUGAUAAACCAGCACCUGUCACAACUGGCCCGCAAGUUUCCUCAAACCAAGUUCCUCAAGUCUAUCUCCUCCACCUGCAUUCCCAACUAUCCCGACCGGAACCUGCCCACUGUGUUCGUGUACCACGAGGGCGAGAUGAAGGCGCAGUUCAUUGGUCCUCUUGUGUUUGGUGGCAUGAAUCUGACGUGUGAUGAGCUGGAGUGGCGUUUAUCUGAGUCAGGAGCUGUGAAGACUGAACUGGAGGAGAACCCCAGGAAACAGAUCCAGGAUCAGCUGAUGACAUCCAUCCGCUGCUCUGAACCCAAACGCAGAGACGGUGACGAAGACUCCGAUGAAGACUGAAGCUCCAAACUGAGAUUAUGAUAUCAGGAACACAGCGGCAGCUCAACAUUUUGAUGUCAAGAGUUUACCACAGGAGCAUCUUCAGGAGCUAUGAUGUCAUGGGGCAUCCCGGAUAUGAACACGGCACAUCUGUGGAAAGACGAUGACAUCAUUAAAAUGCAUUUGCAUCAUUUUAGACUGACAAAUAUGAUUAAAAUGAAAGUUAAAAAGUGAUUUCCAGGCCUGGAAAUGAACGAAAUCUUCAUGAAGUCAUGGGAAAUACUUAUGUAUUAUAAUAAAAAUAAUAAUGUAGUUGUUGUCUAGUUAAAGCAGCUCGAAAUGACCGUUUGUGAGUGCAAACAAUAAAUAAAUAAGAACAUUUCAAUAAUUGCAAGUUAUCAUGCACAAAUUUCAGCAGUAAGAAACAUAUUUACAUUAGGGAAUUUAAAAAUAAUGUGUAGAAAUAUAAAUUAUAUGCAUGUAAUUAUUUAAUUAUUAUGUAACUUAUGUAAUUAAUUAUAUUAUUUAAAAUUAUUAUUAAUUUCCAGGCUUAGAAAAGUCAUGAAAAUGUAUAAAAAUAUAGCAUUUAAAUAUAUAGUAGUUAUGAUCUGCUGUAAAAUACUUCGCUUGGCUAUAGAGCGGCAUAUCGGCCGGUUAAACGAUUAAUCAGCCAUUUUGACUGUGUUGUUUUGGCCGAUUGACAGAAGUGUCACUUUCCCUUGUGUGUACAAAUAGACGUGUCAAUGGAUCGUAAGGGGGGUUUAUUUUCACGUUUGGGCAAAUUUGAGUAAAUGCUGUUUCAAAUAAGUGUUCAUUUCACUUUAGAAAUGUUGUGUACGUCUGAUUAUCUGGCAUCCAUGUCACCCUGCAGCUUGUGCCUGGUUGCCCACUAAAGCUAAGCAGGGUUGAGUCUGGCCAGUACCUGGAUGGGAGACCUCCUGGGGAAAACCAAGGGUGCUGCUGGAAGUGGUAUUAGGGAGGCCAGCAGGGGGUGCUCACCCUAUGGUCUGUGUGGGUCCUAAUGCCCCAGGACAGUGACGGGGACACUAUACUGUAAAAAAAGCACCGUCUUUUGGAUGAGAUGUUAAACUGAGGUCCUGACUCUCUGUGGUCAUUAAAAAUUCCAGGACACUUCUUGUAAAGAGUAGGGGUUUAACCCUGGUGUCCUAGCCAAAUUCUCCCAUUGGCCCCUAUCUAUCAUGGCCUCCUAAUAAUCUCCAUCCCUGAAUUGGCUACAUCACUCUACCAUCUCCUCUCCACCAAUAGCUGGUGCAGUAUGGCUGCUGUCACAUUUACAUUUAUGCAUUUGGCAGAUGCUUUUAUCCAAAGUGAUUUACAGAGCACUUAUUACAGGGACAAUCCCCCCGGAGCAACCUGGAGUUAAGUGCCUUACUCAAGGACACAAUGGUGGUGACUGUGGGGAUCAAACCAGCAACCUCCUGAUUACCAUAUUACCGGUUAUGUGCUUUAGACCACUACACCACCACUCCUAUGUGGUCAUAGGACCUCAUCCAGGUGGAUGCUGCACACUGGUGUAGGUUGAGGAGAUUCCUCCUGUACUAUGUAAAGCACUUAGAAAAGCUCUAUAUAAAUGUAAGGAAUUACUAUUAUGUAUAUCGGCCACCCUGCCUUCUCGAUAUCUGUGUAUCGGCACCGGCCACUGAAAAACCUGUCUCUUCGCAUUUCAUUGAAAUGAAUUGGUUAACGAGCACGCACCUCGAGUGAGUCUUCCAGAGGCGUCACAAACAUUCUUCACCUUCUCUAAGAGAAAGACACACGUUACUCACAAUCAUCACUGUGGAAAAUCUUAUACAGCCUCAGAGUUCAGUGAUUAUGAUCUUAAACUCUCAUUAAGGUUUCUAAGAUACAGUGGCAGAGAAAUUGCCUCAACACCUGCUGCUGUUUCUUUCGGCGUAGAGAGAGUUUCGGGGAGAGGCGCAUCAACGGAUGAACCGAAUGAGACUGAAAACAAAGAGUUGUGUAUGUGUUAGUUGGGCAUAUUCAAACACACCAGAAACCUCCAUUAAAUCGAGAAACAGCUGGAGAUAUGAAUACCUCUCUCUGAACCGAGCCCACUGAGUUGUGUGCUUUAGAAUAAUGAAACAGAAACUGAGAGACAGAAGAGACAUCAGGGGGUUAACGAGGGCUGUACAUCCUAACCUCUGUAUAUAUAUAUAUAUAUUGAUAUAUAUGCAAUGAACGUACCCUUUUGAAAACAUUCUGAAUCUGCUCCUGAUGAAACACAAAUAACAUGAACUUUAUACAUCUAGACACACGAUUACAGGUGAACUCACACAUGAUGUGACAUACUAACACUGUGUUACCUGCUCCUGGUUCCUCCACGUCACCCCACACAACAUACUUAAUAAAGCAGAGCCCUAAAACACACAUACGGGACGAUUAUUGAGUGUCCAGACAGAGUUUAUACAAGCAGCGGAAGAAAUGCAAUAAAGCAAAUGAACCGAAUCUCAUGCAAACGUUGUUGUUAUAGAUACUGAUUAGUAAAAUAAGUGAGAUAUAAAUCCACAUUCUGAUGUCAUCAUAUCAGCACAGAGUUAAAAUAUAUACAUUAAACAUUUGGGAGAAGAGCUAACCAGUAUAUAUAUGAAUAAAUGAUGAAAUCUACUGAACAA